AUGACCAUCCAUCUCCGUCCCGCCUCUGAAGCAGAUUUGGCGACAAUCGUCGACCUCUCAACAGCCGCGUUCCCUCCUGAACAAGACGCGAUUGUGCGUCACCUCUUCCCGGGGGACCUACACUAUUCGGAAAACAUACGCAACGCAAGGAUAGCGCGCAAAUUGGUCAAAUUCGGGCUCAAAGGCAACAUUAUCAUGGUCGCUGUUGAUGAUGCUUCAAAUUGUAAGAUAGUGGGGUAUGCAGUUUGGGAGGUGCCUGUUUCUUCAUCGGCAGAAGAUAAAAGUGGAGGGGAGGAGGAGGUCAGAUUGCCGCCUCUGGCACAAGAAGGAAUGGAUAAAGCGCCGUUUAUUGAAUUGAUUCGUAUUCUUCAAGAAGAUGUACGGGAGCAAUUCGGUGAGAAGGGAACAGCGGAUGUUUGGACACUCGACUCUCUAGGCGUUCAUCCAGAGCACCAGCGAAAAGGAAUUGGUCGGUUGUUGCUCGAUUGGGGUAUCAAGGAGGCAUCUAAACAAGGGCGGGGGUGUUAUCUGGUUGCCACACCAGCUGGAUUGCCAUUGUAUAGGAGCGCGGGGUUUGAGGAUGUCAAGGUUCUGGAUAUCUUUGGGACGCCGCAUGUCUCGAUGCGAAAAAGGGUUUGA